AUGGUCACUUACCCUUCGACGCAUGGUGUAUUUGAGUCAUCAAUUCGUGAUGUAUGCGAUAAAGUGCACGAAUACGGUGGUCAAGUCUAUCUUGAUGGAGCAAAUCUGAACGCUCAGGUUGGUCUGUGCCGUCCAGGUGAUUACGGUAGCGAUGUUUCGCAUCUCAAUUUACAUAAGACCUUCUGCAUUCCACAUGGUGGUGGCGGGCCAGGAAUCGGUCCAAUUGGCGUAAAGAAACAUCUGGCACCUUUCCUUCCCGGACACCCAGUGAUUCCCAUUGAUGGACGACAGGACGGUGCCGUUGCCGGUGCGCCAUGGGGAUCUGCAAGUAUAUUACCGAUCACAUGGGCGUACAUCCGCAUGAUGGGUCAUGCUGGCAUGAAGAAAGCUUCACAAAUGGCGAUUCUAAAUGCCAAUUACAUGGCUAGACGUCUUGAAGGAGCAUAUCGUAUUGUAUACAAAGAUGAACAAGGCUUGGUAGCUCAUGAGUUCAUUCUUGACUUCAAGCCAUUCAAGAAAUCAGCUGGCGUCGAAGUUAUAGAUGUUGCCAAGAGGCUGAUGGACUAUGGGUUCCAUUCACCAACGAUGUCUUGGCCAGUGCAUGACUGCUUGAUGAUUGAACCAACAGAGUCUGAAGACAAAGGUCAGUCCCCAUAG